CGCUCGCGCUCGCGAUCUCCUCGCCGCGAUAGACGCUCUCACCACUACGACGAGCGUUCUCAAUCUCCCCAAGACCGCGACCACAGACGCAGCGACAGGCGUAACCGUUCGCCACCACCAUCAAACGGUAACAACUACGACUCGCGUGACCGCGGCUCAGCGCGCGCACCACCAUCACGCAACUACGAAGACCGCGCACCCAAAGGCGAUAUGAUGAAGCAGGUCAACGAGUCGUCGCAACAAGACCGCCGUGUCUACGUCGGCAACCUCUCAUACGACGUCAAGUGGCACCAUCUGAAGGACCACAUGCGCAAAGACGGCACGCUGGAUGUCCUUUUCGCCGACGUUCUCCUACUCCCCAACGGCAUGAGCAAAGGCUGCGGAAUUGUCGAAUACGCCACACGUGAUCAGGCUCAGACUGCGAUCAACACUCUCAGCAACACGCCGCUUAUGGGGCGCCUCGUCUAUGUGCGCGAGGACCGUGAGACCGAACCACGCUUCUCCCAGCCACAACGUGGUGGCAUGGGUGGAGGCUAUGGCGGCCGCGGUGGCUUCCAGGGCGGCCAAGGCGGCAUGGGCGGUGGCACGGGCGGAGGAAUGGGCGGAAACAUGGGCGGUGCUCGCCAGAUUUUCGUCUCCAACCUCCCAUUCCAGGUCGGCUGGCAGGAUCUCAAGGACCUCUUCCGCCAAGCAGGCAAUGUCAUCCGCGCAGACGUCCACAUGGCACCAGAUGGUAGCCCAAAGGGCUCCGGCAUUGUCGCAUUCGAGACCCCAGACGAUGCACAGAACGCCAUCCAGACUUUCCACGGCUACGACUGGCAGGGCCGUGUCCUUGAGGUUCGCGAAGACCGCUACGCUGGCAGUGGACCAGGCUUUGGCGGCCGUGGAGGCUUCGGUGGCCGCGGUGGCUUCGGAGGCCGUGGUGGAUUCGGCGGCGGCGGCUACGGUGGUGGCGGCUAUGGAGGAGGAUUCGGUGGUCGUGGAGGCUUCGGCGGCGGAUACGGCCGUGGAGGUUAUGGAGGCGGCCGCGGAGGUUACCAGGGAGGAGGCGACGGUGGCUACGGUGGAGGUGGAGGAUACGGCGGUGGCAACUUCGGCGGUGGUCAAGCUGCUGCUUCUGUUCCACCAAAUGCCUUCACUGACGGCGUCUCCUCUGGUGGCGAGCAGAGUGCCACCAUCCACGUCAAGAAUCUGCCAUGGAGCACCAGCAACGACGACCUCAACGAACUCUUCAGCACGAUUGGUGAAGUGGUGCGCGCUGAGAUUCAAUACGAGCCAAACGGUCGCUCUCGUGGAUCUGGUGUUGUUCAGUUUGCUGCUGAGGAGCACGCCGGCACUGCCAUUGAGAAGUUCCAGGGCUACUCGUACGGUGGACGUCCUCUCGGUCUCGACUUCGCCAAGUAUCCAAACGACAGCAAUGCCAUGGACGCUGAGCCAUCCGGCAGCAUGCAGGAGCAGAUGAUGUAA